AUGUUUCCCAGCGCAGUCACCGCACUGACAGGAGCCGGGAGAAGCCAGAGCCCGGAGCGCGCGGGCCGGGAGCGCGCUCGCUUUGGAGAGCGCGAGAGCGAGAGUGCCCGGGGAGCCGGGCCCCGAGCGCGCGAGUCCGCUGGGGGAUGGGGGGCGGAGUCAGGGCGCGGGACCCCGACUUCGGGUCGCAGGCGAAGGGCUGCGGGUGGGGAACGCGGUGGCUGCCCAGGGAGACCGCGCGGAGGCGUAGGAGCGAGGCGGCAGAGACUCGUGCUGCUCUGCGGAGCGCGAGACCCAGCGCGGCUAGUCGGCAGGAGACUGAGGGGAAAGGAGAGCACAAGCUCCCGAGAUUGCGGGGGUGGACUCGGGCCAGGGGCGGAGCUACACCGCGAAUCGUGGAACUCGUGGAGAGUGAGGGGAGGAGUGAGCGCUCGGUUGCGAAGUGCUAGGAGCGGGAAGGAGCCGGCCCAGCCCAAACUGGACCGGGGAACGCUCCAGGGCGCGCGAGUAGCGCCGGAUUGGCUAGGAGAACGCGGAGCGAGUGCGCGCGAGACACGAACGCAGGCUCCGCCGAGCCCCAGACAGAAGCAAUCCCCUGCCGAGCCCGGCUCCUCGUCGUUUGUCCGCGACUCCGGCCGGCUCUUGGGGCUACGGAGCCCGCUCUACCGAAGGGGAAAAGGCUCCAGGGAGCCUGGAGGUGCCUUAGAAACCUGCGUGAGUGGCACAACCGCCAACUACUGUGACAGCCCGCGGCUCCUCUGUCCAUGGGAUUUCUCAGGCAAGAAUACUGGAGCCAAGCAUCUAACUAGCAUUUCCACCCAUUUCGGAGGAGAAAGAGAGUGGAAACAGCACUAA